AUGCAGAUCUCUCUUUCGGAGUUCGUUCUCUCAUAUUGUUUUACUCUUUUCUCUCUCGUUGGUUCACAAUUUUCUACUUGUUUGUGGAAUCUUGUCACAUCGAUUCAUCCUGCGGGUAGGUGCUAUAGGCCGAUUAGGGAUGCGCAGGAUAUGGCGACUUUUCUCCUUGGUUUUGACAACCACUGCAACUGCAUCGACGACGAGAAAAGAAACUGUAUCCAUUUAGUUGAUUACCGAAAAGGAAGAUCCAAAGAGAAGGCAGUCUUGUUCUCAUCUUUCGAAUUAUUAUGUAGAGUCCGAACUUAGUUCGAGUUCGAGACCAUCUCAAGAUCACUACUAGUUUCAAAAGCGAGAAGCAUCUACAAAGCGCCCCAAACGUAAGCCACAGACUGUUGCAAUCAUAUCAUCUUCGGGACAGCAGUUUUGGUUCAAUUUAUGGACAUUUUCCCCACAUUAUUGAAGUUGUUCUUUGUCCUUUGUAGCUUUUUCCUGUAUUCCGAUAAGGCUCGGUGUAUUAUUUUAGGGCG